UCAUUGAGGUCUCAGGGCAUGGAAAAUGCCCAGCCCACGUAUUUUACAGAAGAAAUGAGUGCCGCCUUGCUAGAAUUGGUCAUUUUUGAGAAUUUUUUCGUUUUUUCUGGAUCCUCGGAAUUCAGGUGGAUUAAAUGAGUGCAUGACUAGCAAUCUUCCAGCCCUCUCCUUCCCCCCACACCUCUCCAGCCAUGGAUUUUCUAGGAAAGCUGAUACUGGGAAUUCUCAGCUUUUCAGUAGGACCUGGGUGAAGGCUGAACAUGCCCAGAGGGCGGAUGGUGGGACAAUGCUGCACACUACAAAGGGACAAAGACAUAAAGCACAUGUCUGCCCCCUCAUGUGUCACACUCAAUGUCACUGAAACCCUCUCAGGGUGACGUAUGAAUCCCAUUCAGGAAAAGAAGAAUUUCCCAUCUGCAUUGCCUUCAUUUCUGGGGCCAGUCAGGCUGACAGCUACACGCCUGGCACACACGGGCAGCAGCCAUGCAACGGGCGGGCAGCGCGGACAUGGAGAGCCUGAAGACGGUGGCACAGCCGGAGGCAGGGUAUGUGGAAAUCCCGGUGCCAGCGCAGGGUAGAGCGGCUGGCACAGCGGGGCUCACCGUCACCCUCAGCGCUGUGGGGAGAAGGCAGAGUCCCGGGCACACAGCGCCUGACCAGCCAGCCGCGUCCUACCCGUCCCCUCUUAUGCCCUGUGCCAACGACGAGGCGCACUACAUCACCACCCACGAAAUCCAGCUCUGCGAGGCAGACCAGGAGCCCGACUACCCUGACUUUGGGCUGGCCCCAUCCACUUGGAGUGAGCCGGUGGACAGCGCCCCCUGCAGCUUCCUGGAAUACGCCUCGUUUGACAGCCAGGGGGGCAGCCCGACCGACGAGGACUGCAGCUACUACUUGAGCACUGCCAGUGAUCCCAACCCCACAGACAGCCUGGGCAGCACCGAGCUGGGCAGCACCUACUCGGAGAGCGAGCCAUCCCCCAGCAGCAGCAGCACCAAGAGCAGGCUGGACGAGUCCAAGGCAGGGAUCUCCAAAGGACAGAUCCUCCUAUCAAUCAAGACCGCAUCCAAGGCUAUAAAUGAGCCUAGCAACAUCCUGAGCAACCAAAACAGCGCCCCUGCUGAUGCCAAGCAUGACCCAGACAUGAGCUACUGCCUGUCCACAGCCACCGGGGGCAAGGCUCUGCAGCAGUACCACUGCCACCCUUACUCCCAGGCAGCGGACGCCCACAGGCUGGUGGCCAUACCGGCAAGACUCCAGGCUCGCAGCGGGGUCCAUGCAGACAUUUCCAGCGGAGCUUCCAGCGCAGUCAGCGAGCUAGAUGACGCCGACAAGGAGGUGCGGAGCCUGACCUCCAGGGCUUUCCGCAGCCUGGCUUAUCCCUACUUUGAAGCCAUCAACUUCAGCUCCAGCGAGUCCACCACCUCUCUGUCCGACCAGAACAUAGGGAUAAACAGCUGGUCCACCUACCUGGACUGGAAAGGAGGGUCUUUCCUCUCGCAGAAAGCAGAGAAGACCCUGCACCAGCACUCAGCCACUUCCAACUUUGGACUGAAGAAGAUAGGCAAGGAUGAAAGCAAGGAGCAGCAGGUGUAUGUGCAAGCCAACAAGUCUGAGACCAAGGCUUUCGAGCUGGUGGUCAGCGAGGUGGCAGAGAAGCGGGCAAACCCAGCAAGCUCCUCCAAGCGCAUCCAGUCUGGAUCCAGGAUCGUGACGUUGACCGAGACCCUAAAUAUCAGCAGCAGCAGCAGUAAUGUGAAGGCUAGUGCUGCCGCCGGGAAGGAGCGAGUCAGCAAGCAAGCAAGCACUGAUCAUGCCCCAGGCUCGGCUGGCACAGAUGGAGUUACAGAGAACCUGCCAAGAGACCGCGCUGCCCCGAGUCUGGAGGUGAACAAGCUGAGCGGCAGCACUCUGGUAGAGGCCAUGGAGGGCACCCACAAAUCCAAGUACGCCUCAAGCCUGCUGAAAAACAUCAUCUCCAAAAAAAUGCGUCGGGAGCAGGAGUUCAAGAUGGAAAGAGGGGAGCUCAGCGACACCUCCCAAAAAGCGGUCUCCAAAGACAGCGAAGGAGCUAAGGAGAAGGGUCUGCAGAGGCAGAACUCCAAGUUCUCCGAGGCAGGCUCUGACUUUACCCUGGUGAGCAGUGAGGAUCUGGGGGAGCUUUUUGAGGCCAAAUCAGCGACCAAUAAAGAUGUGACUUCUUUAGAUAAUAAACGAAUGUCACCCUUUGAGACCCACCGAGAAGAAACCAUAUGCGAGAUGAAGAAGACAGCAUCAGAGACCAUGAAGGGCAUCUUUCUCCGAAGUCAGAACAGCGCCUUCAGGUCGUGGAAGGAGAAGGAAAUAGAAAAGAUGGAAAAGAAAAUCGAGGAGAAUGUGGCAAAAGCAAGAAGGAUAAAGAUCCCACUAGAAAGGGACUGGAGAGCAGAGUUAGGAGAAAUCUCUUCUGUGCAGUCCACCAAGAUGUCCCGGCUGUAUGUCCCUGGCAUACAACACACUCCAAAAGAGAAGCAGGUGGAGAAGCAAGCUACAAAGUACUCUGUGUCUACCUAUGCCCACCAGACCUGCUUCAGCCGCAAUGAGAAUGAAAUCAAGAGUGAAAAACUCCAUAUCUUGGAGGCUUCAGUGAGCAGGUUGACCCCCAGGAUCACCCCCAAGCCUCAGGAGAUUAAACUAAAGCUAGGAUUAUCCACAGAGAAUAAAGAUAGCCCAUUUAACAUUGCCAAGCUGCUGACUCCAAACCUAGCAGCCAGUGCUGCCAGUCUGUCCAAAGCUGCAGAAGACCUCAGAAAUCAAGUCCCUUCCAGAGCUGAAGUUCUGGAGAAAAUGCCCCAGUUCCUUGUAAGAGAUGUAAGAGAGGCCAAACCCAAAGCACAAGGAGCUAUUCACCAGGUGAGGGACGUCAGAAAGCUGCUGAAAAGCUCCUACAGUCAUGACACUGGUGAAGGCAGCGACAGGGGCAGUGUAAUGUCCGACCACAGCACCACAGACCCCAAGUCAAAGCAGAACAAGAGGUCCUCCUCAUUGUCCCCCAUUGUAAUCACCUGCCAGGCUUUGAAGAACAAAGAAGGAGAAAAGGAUAGCCCAUCAGACAAUGCCAUGGAGAAAGGUCUAUCUCCUGCAGACACUGUCUUGGUACACCGGGCAUCUGGCAGGUUGCCGGUGGCCACCAUUGCACCCAAUAAAACAGGACCCAGGAUGCCAGUGGUAAAGAUCGUAUCUAAGGCCUCUAAGUGGAAGCAGGAGAAGCCAAAGGAGCCUGAGGUAAAGCCUGAGUCCAAGUCCCCACAGUCUAAGGCAGCUCUAGAGAAGCUCACCGCUGCAGUGAAGACCAUGGAGCAGCUCUAUGUGUUUGACAAGAAGGAAUGGAAGCGCAAAGAUGAAGUGCAACCGCUCAAAGGCAGCCAUGUGCUCUCCAUGAUUGCCUGCCACGAAGCGUCCAUCGACAGAAAGGCAGCAGAAGAAGCCAGGCCUGUGGCUGAGAUCACCCGCAAAGCAUCCGUCCCCCUGGUCAGCAAAGUGGCUGAGCCGCUGGUUCGCCGCAAUUCUCACCCAGGUGUGGAGAAGAACCCCACUAAGCUUCCACUAACCAAGGAGAGCAAGGCACCAGCCAAGACAUUUCAGGUGUCCAGGUUCACAGAAGGCAAGAAGCAGGAACAACAGCAGACUAACCCAUGUACUAGAGCCGGUUCCAAAAACGUUAAUGUGCUCACUGUGAGCGCCACCCCGGCCAAGAGCAAGCAGCAGAGCCUGGAGUCCACUCUCAAUACCAAAAACACCCGACCACAACCUCCCACCACCCUUAAGAUCCCUGGCAUGUCCACAGAGGAGCCCAAGAAGACCGAAGUGCAGCCGCCUUCUCUGGUGCGCAAAGCCAGUGCUGAUUUUGAAAACUACCUCACCAUCCCGGUAAAGACAGCAGCAGAUGCAAAACCUCCAGUAAGCAUCCGGGAACCACUGGCCAACAACCGAGACAUAGGUACUGGAGAGAACACUAGCAAUACCAAAGAAGUCACCCCGAGCACUAAAGACAGCAGCACACACAGCACUGCCAACAGCCGAGAGACUACCAGUAUUAUCCGGGAAGCUGCAGCCACAGUCCGGGAAGCUGCAGCUCUGUGCACUCUCCCUCCAUUCAGCACCAAGACACAAGCAUCCAGCCCCAAGAGUCCCAUCAAAGCGCCAAGAGACUGGAGCAACAAGGUGAAAGAGGGUGUCCAACCUACCAGAGCAGCUUCAGCAGGCUCUGAACCUCAGACUCCUGACUCUGUCCCACCAGCUGCCAUCUAUCAUCACCCACUGCCACCAGUAGCCAUGGCAAUGCCCACUGCCCAAUGCCCUAUCUAUUACUCCCCUCCUUUGACCUCAGCCACUCCAGCGGAGAUGUACCCCCAGACCCAGCGAAAGAUGUUGGUAGAUCUAGCUACAGGACAGUAUUACUUAGUGGACACUCCUGUGCAACCAGUCAAAAGGAGACUCUUUGACCCAGAAACUGGACAGUAUGUUGAUGUUUCUGUUCCCCCUCCUCCUGUUACCCCAGUGCCCCUUCAUAUGCCACAACUAGCCCUUAGCCCUGGUGCAUAUGGACCUGCUUACAUGUUUUAUCCAGGUUAUUUACCCACUCCUCCAACUGCUGUUCUUCCUCCAAACACUCUACAAACUCAACUUUCCAAUCCAGGCAGUGAACAAUCCUAUGAAAUGCCAGUAAUGGAGGGAUCCCUGCCUGGAGAUUUGGGUAUGGCUGAUAGCCCCUACUAUUUAGCUACCGGGUCUACAACUGCCAAUUCAUCAAUAGGACAAGCCACUAAUAUCAGAAGAGGAUCCAUAGGCUGCCCAGAUGGAAAACAGGUGAUCAGCAUGUUCUCUCAACCUGGGCCCAGGAUUGUGGCUCCACCAUCCUUUGAUGGCACCACCAUGCGUUUUGUCGUGGAGCACAGAUGAAUGCUCAGUGAAUAUAUCUGCUGAUUUGGACCAAGUUCCAUGUUAUGUUGCAGGAUGUGGGACUUGCACAAAGUUUGGUGGGCUUUACGGAAGCCUGCAAGAUAAGCUUUGCACGCAUGCUGCGAAACCAAGCGGCGAGUCGCUGAGUCAGAAGAGGAGGACAAACCACGGCUGAUGGAUUGUGUGAGUUUAGGUUUGCAGACUGUAGACUAGUUAGCCUAAGUGAGAUUUCCACUGGAGCCCUGAGGUGGCCUUCUCAUGAGUAUUCUUCUCAUAAGCUCUUAUAUGUAUCUCUUUUUCUCCGUGUAUUUGUGGAGUAUGGAUUAUUGCAGAAAAAUGUGGAUCUGUUACAUGAAAGCUUUGUUUGCAUUGACAUUACUGCUUUCAAUGUAUUACUGUUUGUAUGUGCUUCCUGGUGCUAGAACAGUCAUAUGACUGAUCUUUAUACUGAAAUUACUCGGUCGGAGGCUCUUAGGUGGGAUUUCUAAGCUACAGACGGCUACGCCAUGUUCUACAAGAUUCAGUUAUCCCUAUUACAUCUGUCUAUGGGGAGUCACAGUCACAUGGGUAAUAUCUUAUGCCUUACUAUAUGCUCAAUUACCUACAGUGACAAGCUGAUUGUAUCGUCUAUG